GCGCGAAAACUUAGCUUCAAGACUAUGGCAUUAUGAUGACCAGUCUAAUUCACAAGAGCUAUGGCCGGUUGGGAUCAGAGUUCAUCAUUCGACAUCCAUGUGUGCCUCACAGAAAACUAUUUAUCGUUGUGUUCAUCGCUUUCAUUACUUUAUUGUUGUUGAAGCUUUAUGAAAUGGACAUCAUUUUCUUGUGGUUGGCAUCCCUGACUGGUGCUGCACUUGUGUUCCAGAUUUUGUACAGAGUGAGUGAAGAAACGUUGCUGGUUGUACCAUCUGUGGGUGUGCAAGUCAAAACACAGUAUUGGUUAGGUAAUGAGAAAACGGAAUUCUUUGACAGAUCUUGUGUGAAGGGCAUUAUCAUUAAUGAAGCAAUUACAAUGCAAUCGGUGAUAUAUUAUUUGGCGGUUCUUCUAACCAACAGCAAGUCAGGCAAAGUUGAACAAGUGUAUCCACUUUUCACUCACUCUUGGCCUCAGCUGAAAGACUUAGUUCAUAUGUAUCAGGUUGUGCAGAACAUUUGGGAUAACCGACACAUGAUGGGACUGACCUCAAUGACCAGUGAAAAAGAUGACUAUUUGUGUGAGGGGUCUAGUCAAGGACAAACAGCAGCAAAAGACCUCAUGGGAGGAGGGGAUGACAGACUGAGACCAUGACAAUCUUAUGAUUGGCAACAUGAGAUUUAGUCAGCCUACCAUUAUCAAAUUUCAUCUUAGUCACCACAAAGGCACCUCAGUCCUCAGAUUAACAUUUUAAUGGCAGCUAUGGAAGAGCAUCUUGAUUAUUUUUGUCCAUAUUUAAAAGAUGCAAUGAGACAGCACCUGAACAGGAUGUCAGGUUUGGUUUGAAAUAACAUUGAUGGUAAAUGUCGCUGAAAUCAGAAGAGACACAAAUUCAGAACUAAAGCUUGCAUGUUUUAUUGAACUUUUGCGGGAUGUGCCUACCACAUUCCUUCAAAUGCAAACAUCUCAGGUUUAACGCUGUUAUGAAUCCAUUCAUACCACCAAAUAGUUGUUACAAAAAUGUUUAUUUUCACAUACACUG